AUGACUGCCACCAUCUCAGCUCUGACAAGGGCUGAGACUUUGAGUCUCUUUUCGAUAACAGCAGCAUGCGUUGGGAUUCUCGCCAACACCCUCCAGGGCGAUGGUGCCCCCCUUGCCGCAUCCCUUGCCCUCAGCGGAAUAGCCUUUACCGCAACUUAUUCGAUGAUUCGAUGGCUAGGCCCGACAUUUAUCAAAGCCGGAUUGAAAGGGGUGGACAUGAGCAAGCAUCACAAGAGAGAUAUACCUGAAUGCAUGGGGGGUGUAUGCGCCGUGGUCUAUCUGCUUGUGGUCAUUGUCUUCAUCCCCUUUCCAUUUUACAAGGAUAUAGUGGCAGCCACGAGUGGUGGAGGCAACCGGGAUGUUGUUCUGGAGGUGCAGCAUGUUCAGCAAGGGCGCUUCUUACAUCGGUUCCCUCAUAGCAAGCUCGGCGCCUAUCUGUCUGCCAUCAUAUCCCUCCAGUCUAUCGCCCUUCUGGGAAUUGGUGAUGAUCUUUUCGACAUCCGCUGGCGCCACAAGCUCUUCAUUCCCGCAUUUUCCUCGAUCCCUCUCCUCGUCAUCUACUUUGUCGAUUUCGGAGUCACCUCGGUCGUGGUGCCCAUUCCCCUACAACCGUACCUGGGCGAAUUGUUCAACAUCGGCUCUCUCUACUACGCCUACAUGGCCUGUGUUGCCAUCUUCAGCCCCAAUAGCAUCAACAUCCUCGCGGGAAUCAACGGGAUCGAGGUGGCUCAGUCUAUAGUCAUUGCGCUUCUUCUGGCCCUGAACGACUGUCUCUACCUCCUCACCCCCUACCCCCAUCCGGCGACCGAUUCCCACCUGUUCUCCCUCUAUUUCUUGCUGCCAUUCCUCGGGGUUUCCUUUGCGCUACUCUGCCACAACUGGUACCCGGCACGAGUAUUUGUGGGAGACACAUACUGCUAUUUUGCGGGGAUGGUGUUUGUGGUUGUCAGCAUUCUCGGUCACUUCAGCAAGACCCUCAUACUACUCCUCAUACCCCAGAUCUUCAAUUUCAUAUACUCGGCCCCGCAGCUCUUUGGUCUUGUUCCCUGCCCUCGACAUCGGCUGCCGCGCUUCAACGCCAGGACCGGGUUACUCGAGGCCAGCGUUACUCUGUGGACUCCGGAGAGGCAGCCCAAGCGCCCCGUCGCUUGGGGGCUGCACCUGCUCCACAGGCUGAGGCUGCUCCGGGUGACAGCAGAUGCUGAAGGGAACAUUGUGGAGACGAGCAACUUCACCAUCAUCAAUCUGUGGCUCGUGUGGCGUGGCCCGUUGCGGGAAGACCGCCUGGCAAUAGAGCUCACGGCCAUGCAGACUCUGGUUGGCUUACUGGGCUUGUUUGUUCGGCACCGUUUGGCGUUAUUGGUCUUUAAGGAAGACAAUCUAGGUGUCUAA